UCUCUCGCGAUAAUCGUCAUCAUCAUCGGGAGGGGAGGACAAGAGGAAAUAACGAAGGGGGAGUCGUCGUUGACGAACCGCUGGAGGGGUAAAAGGAGAGAGAGAGGGUGUCGUGGCCGGGAAAAGUGAUUGAUCGUGUUUCGCCGGAAGGGAGGAACGAAGAAUAAGAAGAAGAGGAGGAGGAACGAACGUUUCGACCCGCGAAAACGAGAAGACAACGUCCGCGCCGACCCACUUCACCCCUCGUCCCACGUCAUCCGCAAGACCCUUGAGCAACCGUCCGGCAACCCCCAUCGAGGUGCCGUUCCGUUCUCGAGCUCGAGAGUGGCGGCAAGUGGACCGUAAGAAAACUAGGAAUAAGAGGAGGAAAAACUCUGCUCUUCCCUCCCUAUAUAUAAGACAGUCUUUGUAUAAUUCCAACGUUUCUUGCUCGCACCGCGGAUAUAGAUAGCCAGACACAAUGGAAACAAUGAAAGAAACGCAUUUAUUAUACUAAGAAACUCGAGCAACGCGUGUGGAAGUUGGAAAUUUUGGAAAUUUUCCGUUAAUAACAACGAGCGAUGUAAAAACGCGAUUCGAAUAGACCGAAUCUAAUAUACCGAAUCAUAUAUAUAUAUAUAUAUGUCUAUUGUGAAGAGGAGCGAGAAACAGUGUCGCGGCACACCGAGGCAAAACAGAGUGAGUGUGCUCUUUGUGUAAUGACUCGGCGCUUUGCUCCACGCAGCUGAUCGCGGGUAGACGUACUUGACCGAGUGCACCGAGUGCACACUUGUGGAGCACUAAUAUAAACACGGGCGGUGAAAGAACGGCCAUCGCUUUCGACACACGGUCGCUCGCGCAACCGGUAUCCCGAUUGUUAUCGUAGCUACACCCGUCAAUGGCUUCGACUUCGAACCCAUUGAUAGCCCAGUUUAUAUCGUCCGACAAACGUGGAAACAAAUCCGAGAAAUUAUCCUCGAGUCAUCCUACUUUCAACCUCACGAUUCAUAUAUAUAUAUACAUAUAUAUAUAUAUGUAAUAAUACAAGGCUAAACGGUGGACCGGGGCGAGCAUUGACCAAGCUCGCGUAAGAUGGAUUUUCAGGAGGACGGAGGCGGGUUAAGGAGAUCCGUAGGAGUGACUACAUACCCGUUCUACGUACCCCUCGAGUGGUGGCCCCAUAAGGGCACGGGAUCCACGCUCUCCUCUGGCAGAGGGGUUGGUCUCGCGGCCUCGAGGAGUGGGGGGGCUCCGAGAGCCGAGGAGAGGGGAUUCCCCGGCACUACGCGAACGGUUCGAAGCCAGCCGGCCUCGUCCGACCUGGAAGGGAGCCGGGGAACAGAGUUGGCGGAGUUGCCAGACGGGUUUCUGCCGAGGCAGGACGAGCUCGCUUCCCAUGGCUCUUUCUCACGGGGGCUCCGUUAAACCGACGGUGUUCGCCGAUGUUUCUUCUUCUUCUUGCAUUCCCGUCGUCGCGUCCAGUGCGAAUCAGAAUAUUUUCUUCGUUACGAACCGCGUUCGAUACGUAUAAUAAUAACCGCGUCAACGCGUUCAACGAUAUGGCCCCAACGAACGAGGAUCGUCGAGCCGUUUGAACUUCUCUCUCUCUCAACUUUGGAUUAAUAUAUAUAUAUCGUCCUACAAUUCUUCCUCUUCCAUCUCCUCCCGAGUGUGUGUGUGUGUUUUUUCGAGGACCGUGUGUUUUCGGGUGGAUCCGGAUCCCGGAGGAUCCCGAGGGGGAGAGAGGAGAGUGAGAUCGGGGAUUGGGAAGAGUGCGUUCGAUCGGGAGAACUCGGUAAAUGUAAAGAGGAAAGGAAGGAAGGAAGGAAGGAAAGUGCGCGGAAUCGAGAAUUGUUGUUGGUGUCGGGCCGUCGCACGAAGAGAGAGAAGUUGGUGCACCUGCCGCAGUGAUUCCCGUGGCGCCACUCACGUGUUGCAUGCGUGCCGCGCUAUCCAUCAUGGUCGCGGGCUGGGAGCCGCUCUGAUUGGUCGCCGCCGCGGUCACGUGGUAUGGUAAUUGGGCUCCGGUGGGCGGGAAGGAGCGAACGAGGCCGCGGAGCUUGGUGGAAGAUCGCAAAAGUGGCGGAAGGAGAGGAGAGGAUAAGCAGCUGUCCACCGGGAGUCUGCUGCUCUCCGUGGUCUUGCUCUUUUCGCUCGUUUUUCCUUUCCCCCUUGCUCUCUCUCUCUCUCUCCUUCUCUUCCUCUCUCCUUACCUAUCUCUAUCCCUUUCUCUCUCUCCCUUUUCCGCCUUCGCCGCAGACUGACAUCGAAGUGUGUGUGUGUGCGUGCGUGCGUGUGUCGAGUGUAUGUGCGUGUGUGUGUGCUCGCCACCCUUUCCCUUCCGCUCGAAAAAGUCACCCCGACGGAGAGAGGGAUGUCGGCCACAGUGCAGUGCGGUUCUGUUACAGUGUUCCGUUACCGCUUCUCGACUCGAUGAAUAAUAUCGCCGUCGAAAAUGGAACCACCGUGUCCUCCUCUUCUAUGAAUUCGAACUAACUUCUCGAGGAAAGGGGGGGGAUCGCCCGAACUCUUUUCUCCUCGACCGACUCGAGAGAAAGAGAGAGAGAGAGAAAAGUGCGUUACGUUCACGGGACGAAAAAGAAAGAAGAAGAAGAAGAGAAGAAAAAAGAGAGAGUGGUGGAAAAGUAUACGAAAAAAAAAAAAAAUAAAAAUGAGCUCGUUCCUGAUGAAUCCAUCCGCCGGCGGUGGAUAUCAUCACCACCAGCACCAGCAGGCAACGGCCAGCCACCAUUUGGCGGCCACCUCGGUCAUGGUGGACCCAAAGUUCCCACCCAGCGAGGAGUACAGCCAAAGUAAUUACAUACCGUCCACGGGUGCCGACUUCUUCCCUCCCGCGACCGGUGGUGGCCACCACCACCUCAACCACCCGCAAUCCCAUCAAUUGCAGUACGGGUAUCACCAGCAUCACCACCAGGCAGCGUCCACCCCGUACGGCGCCUCGUCGGCCGUCCAGUUGAACGGCGGUUACGCGGGUUACGGCGGCUACUACGGGCCCCAUCAUCCCCAUCACCAGGUGCACGCCGUGCACCACGCGAGUUUGCAUCCGCAUCACCACGCGGUGGGCGCCUUGGCGAUGCCGCCCGAGGCGCAGCAACCGCCCCUCACCUGCCCGACCUCGAUGCAGCAGCAGCAGCAGCAACAGCAGCAGAGUCAGCAACAACCGCCCGUGUCCGCGUCCACGGUGCUUGGAACCACGCCGUUGUCGCCCGGGAUCAUGCAGAGUCACGUGCAGCCGCCGGACACCCUCCAGCAUCACCAGCAGCAACCGAGCCACGAGGCAACCGCCUGCAGCCCGCCUACCGCAUCCGGCCAACUGCAUCGCGACACUUCGCCCGAUCUGCAACAACAAUCGAGCGCAGGCCAGCACGUGCAGGGUGGCCAGCAACAACAGCAGCAGCAGCAACAGAGCCAACAACAGUCGCAGCAGCAGCAGCAGCAACAUCAUCACGUGGAGGAUGGAUCCGAUCAGGACGACGUGGAGGACGAUCAGAUGAUGGACGGGUCGCCUGGGAUGAUGGAGGAGGAGGAGGAGGACGAGGAGAACGGAGACCGUGUGAUUUAUCCGUGGAUGAAGAAGAUUCACGUGGCUGGUGUCGCGAACGGCUCGUACCAGCCCGGGAUGGAGCCGAAACGGCAGAGGACCGCGUACACGAGGCACCAGAUCCUCGAGCUCGAGAAGGAGUUCCAUUACAAUAGGUACCUGACGAGACGGCGGCGUAUCGAGAUCGCUCACACCCUGGUCCUCUCCGAGCGGCAGAUCAAGAUCUGGUUCCAGAACCGUCGGAUGAAGUGGAAGAAGGACAACAAGCUGCCCAACACGAAGAACGUGAGGCGGAAGAACGGGGGCCAGGCGGCGCAGCCGUCCGCCGGCAAGUCGUCCGGCAAGGGGGGGGCCUCGUCGAGCAGGGGGGGGCCGAAACUGGCGGCCGGGAACGGGAACAACAACAGCCAGACCAGGAAGAACAACAACAACAACAACUCGCCGUCGAUGGCCGACCCCGGGGGGAUGGACGCGUCGACCGCGUCCCAACAGCAGCAAUUGGGCAUCUCGGCACCCGACGCCCUGGCACCCGACGUGCACGCCGCUCUCCCGCACACGAGCGUCGUCCACCCGUCGUUCCAGGGCCACCCGCACCCCCUCGCCCACCUCCAGGCCCAGCUGAGCCACCACCACGUGACCGGGAUGAUGGAGGGGCCGCCGGGUGGCGGGCCGCUGGGCCACAUCGCCUCCGGGAGCAUCAGCCCCCUCGCACCCGCGACCAGCCCCUCGGCAACCCUCCAGGUCUCGGCGCCCAUCCACCCGCCCCCGAUCAAGUCCGACUACGGCCUCACGGCCCUGUAACAUCCGCCUCUGUCCGAAGCGAGGGGGCAGGAUAGCUCGAUCGAGAGCCUGGACGUGGCGCGCGCCGUUUGGUAGCCAAGGCUUCGUGAAUAUAUAACGGUGACGAUGAGAAAGAAGGCUUCGUUCGGUUGGUUGGUGAUUGGUAGACGAGAGGAGGGGGGGGAAAAGUAUCUUACGAUCGUUUUCUUCUUCUAUUUUUCAAUUACGUAGAGGUACGUUCCAGACCGAAUGGUUUUCCUCUUCGUAAACCGCUCCGGAUCCGCUCUGGAUGGGGGGGAAGGGGACGGGCGAGCGAUCGUCAUCCGAGCGAGAUGAUCCGAUGUUGCGAGACGAACGAUCGCUUUUUCCCCCGUGGCUGAUUGGCGCGAGUCUCGCGUCGUCGUCGUCGUCGUAUCCAAUCAUCUCGUCUCGUUCACGAGACCGUUGGAGGAGAGUGUUGCGUGCGAGAUAUCUCGGGGAGGGUGGGGCGACGAGUGUUCUCCCGUCGAGCGUGAAGAGAAUUUGGAAGGUUUUGAGGAGAAGGAGAGAGUGUGGAAACGUGUACAUGCGCGACGGAUCUUCUCUUCUCUUUCUUUCUUUUCGUCUGAGAGAAAUGGUGGAAGAUGGUGGGGGAUGCGUCGUUCCGAGGAAAAAAACUGUCGUCCGUGUGUGUCGUUCCGAGGUGUUCGCCAAGGUGUACAUGUAUAUAUACGCAUACACACAUACGCGCGCGCACACACGUUACGUACGCAUGUAUAUAGCCGUGUAAAGAAAGUCGUGUUAUCGCUAUGUGAUUUAAGUGGAUCGUAUUUCGUAUGUACAAUUGCGUAAGUGUGCAAGGUUUUUAGCGUUCUUAAGUAAUUUUUCGAUAGGGAGCCACGAUUUCAAGCGCAAUUUCUACGAUACGUUUUCGUGAAGCGAAACCGUGAAAUGUGAUGUGCCCGCGUGUGAUGAGUGUGAUUCCGCAGGCAAAGAGGGAAAAAAAAGAAAAGAAAUUGGAAGAUAUUGAAUCGUUUCUUCGCGAUCCUCCUGACGCGAAUAAUUUCUAUUUACGCAGAGAGAAGUAGAAAGAAAAGAAAAAAGAAAAAAAAAACCAAAGUUUCUUUUUCGUAUAGUAUAUCGAGCAUAGGGGAAGGGGGGGGAAUAAAAAGAUACUCUUCUAAUAUCUCGUCCCCCCUCCCGAAGAAAAAAACCGUAUAAUCAAACGCGUCUGGAGGGUUCCUCUUUAAUUUGUCCAAUCAUCGUUAGUUUUACCGACAGUUCUCUCUCGGCACCGGCCGAGUUCGAGGCAACGGUUCGUUGUCCCGGCGCAAAGUGGAAACUUCCUGCGCUCGUCAGACACCGCGCGCAGCCAGAAUUUUUUUCCACACGGACUCCUCACUGGCUGUUGUAAAUACGUAGCGACAUAUGGCGUAAAUAUCGUCUAUUUUUAUUCGAAACGAUGAUGAGAUAGAACGACCAAUAAAGAGGAUGAUAUAGAUAUUAACGAAAAGAAAGGAGGAGGGAAGCUGUUGUUGCGAAGGCGAAACGAAGUGUUCGGAGUGAAGCUUCUAAUCGAACGGGACGGGAUUUCAAACGCAUGCACAGAGUCGCUGUGACGAUAUACCAAAACGAUGUUUUAUCGGUUUAAAUAUAGGAUUCGUAGAGGUUAUUAAUUAAAGAAAAAAAAAAAAAAAAAAAA